AUGCAAAAUAUUCGUCACCUUAUUACUGCACAACGUUAUACUUCAGCAAGAAAAAUAAAUACUUUAUUACGACGAUGUUAUACAAUAUCGAGUUCAACAAAUCUUAACAUAACAAAUAGAAAUCUCAACAAUUCAUCUCUAGUCGAGUCAAAUUUUUCAUCAUGUAUAAAUGGUCGAUUAUUAUCACUAACAAGAAAUGGUAUAACCAUAAGUCAACAACAUCAAUCGAUUCGUUAUGCGUCAUCCGGUGAUUUACCAUCUCAUAAAACAAUUCCAUUACCAGCAUUAUCACCGACUAUGGAAACUGGUACAUUACGAUCAUGGGCAAAAAAAGAAGGAGAUAAAAUUGCUGAAGGUGACAUAUUAGCAGAAAUUGAAACUGAUAAAGCAACAUUAGGAUUUGAAUCAGGCGAUGAAGGAUAUCUUGCAAAAAUUCUUAUACCUGGUGGUAGUAAAGAUGUACCUGUUGGAAAACCAUGUGCGAUUAUUGUUGAAAAAGAAGAAGAUAUUGCUGCAUUUAAAGAUUAUAAAGAUGAUGGCAGUACAGCAUCAACAAAACCGAAAUCUUCUGAUGAAAAACAAGAAAAAAAAGAGAAAGAACCAGCCAAAAAAGAAGAUUCAACUAAUAAAAAAGAAGAGUCAACUAGUAAAAAAGAACAACAAACAACAUCAAAACCAAAAAAAGAGACAACAAAAACUAGUAGUUCAACACAAGGUGAUCGAGUUGCUGCAUCACCUCUUGCUCGAAAACUUGCUGAAGAAAAAGGCAUAGAAAUAGAAUCAGUUCAAGGUACAGGUCCAAAUGGUCGAAUUACUGCUGAAGAUGUUGAAAAAUUUGUUAAAGAAGGUGGUGCUAAAGUAGAUGGUAAAAAAGCCAAAGGUGAACAAGGUGCUCCAGCUAAAGGCGCUAAAAAAGAAACAGCAGCACGUACAGGUGGUUAUGAUGAACAACAAGUAUCAGAAAUUCGAGCCGAUAAUGCACGUCGUGCAACUGAAUCAAAGACUACAAUACCACAUUAUUAUUUAACUAUUGAAGUUAAUUUAGAUGAAAUACUCAAAUUACGUGGAAAUUUGAACGAUAUGUUAGCACCAAAGACCAAAGAUCCUAAACAAAAAUCAAGUGGUAUUACUAUUAACGAUUUUAUUAUAAAAGCAGCUGCACUUGCAUGUAAAAAACGACCAGAAACAAAUAGUAUUUGGAUGGAAAAAUCUAUUCGACAAUACGAAACAGUUGAUAUUAAUAUAGCAAUAAAUACAGAUGCUGGUGUACUCAUGACACCACUUUUAUAUAAUGUUGAUCAAAAGGGUGUUUCAGCCAUAAAUAAAGAAUUAUCUGAAUUAAGUGAAAAAGCAAAUAGUGGAAAAUUGAAUGACAAUGAACUUGAAAUGGGUACAUUUACAAUAUCUAAUUUAGGAAUGUAUGGUGUAACUAAUUUCAGCGCUGUUAUUUAUCCACAACAAUCAGCUAUUUUAGCUAUUGGUGGUAUGGAACAAAAGAUUGUACCUGCACCAGAUUCUCCUAAAGGUUUUCGUCAAUCAUCUAUUCUUAAUGUAACAUUAGCAUGCGAUCAUCGUGUUAUUGAUGGUGCCGUUGGUGCUCAAUGGUUACAAGAAUUUAAACAAUUUCUUGAAAAUCCAGGAUCGAUGAUUUUAUAA